AUGAUAUCAGGUUCUCCUGUGAUCCUUCAUCAAGGCGUUGCAGAUGGAGAGAUCCCGCGGCAGGUAGUGCGAAUGGAGCACCACUUCCCCUCUUCGCUCCCAAGGGGGUCACAAUCUGGAGGCCCUUGCCGCCUUGCAGCUACGAUUGCUGCAGUGAGUGCUGCGGCAACUCGCCGCCAGCCGCGACCGCCCGUGGCGUGGAAACUUCCGCUCCAGGCGUCGGAAGAUGCUGAGCCCGGCACUACGGCUGUGUAUGCAAGCAGCUCACAAAGUGUUUUGGAUAGGCUCUGGGAGAGCCAAAGGCAAAACAUGCAGGUGCUUGCCGUGGGCAUACUGGGUGCCAUGCUCUUCGGCACCUUCGUCACACUCACCCAGGGGGUCGUCGCGGGUGCUGAAUGGUUUGCAUGCUACGUCAUCGAGUAUUCCUUGUCCGUCGACAAUCUCUUCGUUUUUAUUGUGAUCUUCGACUACUUUAAAGUCACUGGUGACCGCCAGUCGCAAGUUCUCAACUAUGGCAUCGCCGGUGCUGUUGUCUUGCGUUUUCUUUUUGUCUACCUGGGGGCGCAGCUGCUGCAGCGCUUCGACUUUCUGAUCUUGUUCUUUGCUGCAAUUCUGGUGUAUGCAUCGUACCAGGGCCUUGCCAGCCGCGACGAUGACGACGAUGAUGACAACUCAGAUUCCAUUGAGGAAUAUGGUGUCUACAAGGCACUGAAAAAUCUGUUUGAGAUCUCGCCACGCUUGGAUGGAGACAAGUUUUUUACAGAGUUGGAUGGGAGAACGGUGGCAACACCAUUGCUUCUGUGUCUGCUGGUGGUGGAGUUCAGUGACAUCGUGUUUGCCACGGAUUCUGUGCCUGCUGUGCUGGGAACCACCAAGGAUCCAUUUAUCGCAUAUUCGUCGAACAUUUUUGCAGUGUUUGGGCUUCGAUCUUUGUUCUUCAUCCUGCGCGAAGCCAUGACGAGGUUUACCUACCUGGAGCCAGCGGUGAGUUUUGUGCUUGGCUUCAUCGGACUAAAAAUCGUGGUGGAUUACUUUGAGAUCAUCGAGGCACAACGCUCUGGGAAUGGUGCAAUUGGCGAUGUCGUGGUGUCCGGAGGUAAACGUACCUGCAUUGCCUGCGCCUGGGCCCUGUCGUGGGCAGCUCGCGGGGCACCCAUCUUCGUUCAUCCUGAGGACCGGAAUCCAGUCCUAAUGUGGGACGGCAAGCCUGAGUCUUUUGCCCACUUUGUGACGGAGAUCAAGUGGACGCUCUGCGCCACCAAGAAGGAUGAAAGGCCCUUGCUGGCGGCCCGGAUUAUCAAGAAGGCCUUGCAGCAAGGCCAAAGCACACUGGUGCAGCUGAUGUACAAGCUGGACCCCGACGACUUCCGGACCGAAGGCAGCGUCAACCGAAUUGUGAAAUAUCUUGAAGAAUCGCCGUUGAACCGGCAACCUUUGCCGGAUGCUGGGAACAAGAUCGGGGCCUACUACCGGCGUCUGCUAAGGAAAGGCCAGGAACCUCUUCCAGCUUUCCUUAUCAGGGAAGACAAGGUGCAUGAUGAUAUGCUGCGGGCUUUGCAGCGGCUUCUCAGGGUGCGAGAGCUGGCCUUCGACGACUACGACGCGACCCUGGAGGAGCCGAAGACCUUCUGCGGGAUGUCCAUGGACGAGUCCCUCUACUAUGGCCCGUCGGAAGGGGAACCACCUGAGGACGAAGAUGGCGAGCCGGGGGAAGCAGCCGAAGAGGACGGAGAGGGCGAGAGCACGAGGCGGCCGAGAUCGAGGAGCGGGUCCAGGACUUCACGCUCGAGGGGACGAUCGGCCGGAAGCUCAACGAGCACGAAGGGCAAGGGCAAGGGCAAGGAUGUGGAUUUCCAGCCCAAGGGGAAAGAUCUGCUGCAGAGGCUGAUGGGAAAAGGCCUCAUGCCGUUGAGUGCCCUUGACAUUAUCAGGGGCUGGAUGGUGCUGGAGAUGAGCACGGCGACGGAGGAGGAGCGGCGGAUCAUUAAGGCGGCGACCAGAAACCGCCUAGGCUAUGCCGAGGUCCGGCAGGCCCUGCUGGCGAUGUACGAGGACCGCGGCGGCAAGCACGGGAGGCCCUUCUCGGGAAAAGGGGCUUUCUACAACUACCUGGAAGAGUACCCCGAGGACCUUCCCGAUUACACGGACGCCGCCUACUACACGUACCAGCCGGGGCCGGAGGACGACGACGAAGAGCCGGCCGACGAAGCCUAUGCGGCCCUGAAGGAGGACCAGAAAGAGUUCGAGGAGCAGCGCAAGGACAUCGAGGCCAUGCUGGCGGAGAACGACCGCAACCUAGCCGAAGCCGACCUCAACUUACCUGGCCAAGGCAAAAGGAAAGCCAAAGGGCAAGAAAGGCGCCAAGUACAUGGAGGAGGCGCACUGGAUGGCAAGGAGGGCAAGAACAAAUUCUCCAAGGGGCCCAGCCAAGGGCCGAAAGGAGCCCCAUCGUGGGGCCACGCCUACCACCUGGAGGGCGGCGUCGAGUUUUUCUCCACUUCCGAGGUCAGCGCCAAGAAGGCUUCUUCGUCGAUGGCGGCAUUUGAGGGCCUGGUAGAUACGGGGCGACAGCCAAGGCCGGAGGCCGACAGGCAGUCGAGCAGCUUUGUGCAGCGGAUGCGGGAGCUCAUGGUGAUGAAUGCUUUUAUCGGGUGUGCCACAGGGCGGUGCUUAAUCAACAACAACAUGGUGGAGCUCAGGAGAACAGCCAAAGGCGAGCACCACCACGAGCCCAGCAACGAGCACCACCGCGAGCCCAACAACGAGCACCACCACGAGCCCAACAACGAGCACAGCAGCGAGCCCAACAAGAACCAGAACGACCAGCCCGAGGCGAACCACUUUCGUUUUUCCACGCCUGAUGCCAAGCAUGCGGGUUACAUGCUCGAGCUGCAGUCUGACAUGUCAGUUGGAGAGCAGGACAGGCAUGAUUUGUUGAGCUUGUUUCCGAGCCAGAGUGACCUACACGUAGAAGCGGCUUUCCUUGGAAUCGGUGUGAACGAGACUCGGUACCUGAUGUUGGGCUCGGCAGACAUGACUAGCGAAACGCUGGCCGAUCCCAAUUCGUUUUUCCCUCGACCUGCGCACCAUGGCGACCGGCAGCACCGACGCGCUGACGGACGAGAUGAAGAAGGCGGUGCAGGCGGCUGUGCGCGUGGCCGUGGCCGAGGAGAUGAAGCAACACCGGCCCAAGGGCAAGGGCAGGAGCCGUGGGUCAGGCGAGAAGACCGAGUACGACAACACACACGUCGCCAAGGAGCCGACACCAGGGACCGGAAUGUGUGGCAUGCGGGCACCGGGCGUCCUAUGUACCAGCCAGCGCCCGGGGAGUACACCAGAACCAAUUUGCCGCAGAAUGUCACGGAAGCCCUGGAGAGACUGCGGCAGCAGAUCAAGGAUGCCGGGGCCGUGGAAGCCAAGGAUGUGAAGAACACGAUCGACAUCGUGGCGAAGGAGAAGCGGCUCAUAUAUGGGCGGCCGAAGAGCAAGGCCGUGGCACCACCACCGACCGGCAAGGAGAAGGACAGACCCAAGGCGAAGAAGAACGAGCGCAAGGAGCCGGUGCAGGUGACCAACUCCGACGACGAGUUCGAGACGGUGGAGCCCGUGCAAGGACGGACGGAGCGGCCGGCCGAGACCUGGAGCGAAGACGACACCACCUUGCCCAAAGCGAAAGCACAGGAACUGCAGCAAGCAGCCAAAGAAUUCGAUGUGGCGGCCAUUUUGGUGCACAGCAAGACGCUUCAGAACGGCUAUGAUAUGAACAAGAGGGAGGGUGUGAACAAACUGCUUAAGGAGUGCUGGCAACAAGCUCCUUGGAAGCUGUGGCUGUCACCUUCUUGCAUCCUCCCGGAGGCUUCCCAGAACAUCACUGAUGACACGAAGCUCGGGAAGAAGAGGGUGAAGGUGAAGAAGCAGCUGGACCAAAUCGUCGAGAUUGCGGCGGCGAGCCUCGACAACACCAACGGCACGACCCACAUCUACCUGGAGAUGCCGACGGCGGCGACCGGGACUUGGCGAUCGUCUGGGGUGCGGUCCUUCCGGCAGCUCUUCGCGGACCGCGGCCAGAAGCUUUACCGUACCAUCGUGGAUGAGUGCAUGCUGCGGCCGUCGGAGAAAGGGCCACGAGGAAGGAAGCAAUGGACCAUCCUGCACAACGACGGGACGGCCACAGCCACCAUGGAAACCGGCAGCCGCCGGAGCAAAGCCGGACCGAGGUACCCAAAGGAGAUGAUCGAGCGCAUCGCGGCGAUCUGGAAGAGCCAGGCCGUGAAGACCCAGGACGCCGACGAGGUUCGUGGGAUUGUAGCGGCAGCCCAGCAGAUCGAUGACGACCCGAUGUUCGCCGAAGACUCUCCUGAGGCCGCCGAGGGCCAUGCUCACCCGCCUUCACAAGGCGGCGGGACACCCGUCCAACAGAGCCCUGGCACGGAUCUGUUGCCAAAGUGGGUGGUGACCGAAGCCUUGAACCUACACUGCCAGGCCUGCCUGGAAACUCGCCGCGGUGCCACCAUGCAGGUGCCUCACAGUAUGGGAGGUAAGCCUGCGCCGUGGCAGAUGCUGGGCAUGGACGUGUUCGAGGUUUUCUUCCCACUGCAGAAACGGAAGGCCCGGUACCUGCUUGCUAUGUGCAUGGUGAUGCGCCUGACCAUGGUGGAGAUGCUGUGGGAGGGCCCGAUGAAUGAAGCAGGGACCGACAGCGGCCAAAAGAUGGUGGAUGUCUUUGCUGGAUCCUGGCUGCAACACCGACCGAAGCCGGAGUGGAUCCUCACCGACCCCAGUCAUUUUUGGCAAAAGGGGGCUUCGCAGAGUUUUGUGGCUGGAUCGGUUGCGAACGGGGCCGUGGAGACCGCGGUGAAGGCGAUCAAGAAGACGAUGAAACGGCUCCGGAACGAGAGCUCAGAGCUAUCUCCUCGACUUUGCGGACACCUCGCGGCGGCGGCCCACAACCAGACGGAGACUGUGAAGGGCUUCUCUCCGGUGCAGUGGGCAUAUGGGUCAAACCCGGCGGCAUGGAGACGAGAAGCCGACCCCUUGGAGGUGAACCGCAACCAAGGAGAACGGCCGGAGGGCUUCUGGAAAUUACAGCGGUGGAGGUCCAAGGCCGAAGAGAUUCAUCGGCAAGAGCUCGCCCAAAAAACCUUUACCCGGUUACACAAUGCAGCACCGAGACCGAUCGGCACCGUGAACCCGGAGGCCCGCUUCAUCGGACCAGGCAGGGUGGCUUUGCUAGAACCACCGGUGAUGCCCGACGCGCGGGUAUCCGUGAUCUGGGUGCUGAUGGGAACUUCUCUGUGGAGGUGUGCGCCGGAACAGCUUCGGAUGGCUAGCGAGCAGGAGGAUGUCAUGAAAGGCCUGCGCCGUUUUGUGGACGUGACGAAGGAGCACGACCAAGGCGACCGAGACGGCUUACCACCAGAGCCUUGGCCAGACGGCGCCCCGGAACCAGAGAUGCAGAGCGAGCAAGCGCAACCACCACGGCAAUGGGAGGAUACGCUGGAAAACGCAGCUGACGAUUGGGCUGCGAGACGGGCGGCCUCCCGAGAACGAGAUGCACGACCACCGUCCAGAAGCAGGACACCCGAGCGACAAGGUGGUAGAACCACCGUACGUGAGCAGAUUGCCCGUUGGCAACAGAUGGCAUCGGCCAAUGCAGCUCGGAAGCUGGAAGGCCUGCCAAAACUGCGGAGAAUGCCAGAGGAGAUUGAGUUCGGUGAGGUGCCGGACACCUGGGAGAUCGACGAGGAGAACCGGAUGCUGAUUCGGCAAAACAACACCUCAAAAUCAGACUCUUUGUGCCAAACGCAUCGGCAACUGCCCGGUACCUCUGGACCAGUUCACCGGCAAGCGGCUUCGUCGACCAGUGGAUUGGCGCACGGGCUGAUCCUGAAAGACCUCACCAAAGGGAGCACACGCCUGGAGAUCAAAGAGGGCUAUGACGUCCUGGCCCCAAAGCGAAAGGAGUUCGAGAACCCACCGGCGCCGGCAACCAAAAGAGCCAAGGAGAGGGCGAGGUCAUCAGAGGAAGGGCCAAAGGCGGCAGAGACCACACAAGAGCCUGCGGCUUCAGCGACUUCACCUUCUACCCUUGGGGCGGUACUUAGUGCAGAGCUAGAGACCGCACAAGAGCCGGCGGCUUCAACGACUUCACCUUCUACCCUUGGCGCUUCACAGGAACACAGGCCAGAUGUCUUUAGCCUUGUGGAAGGUGACCGGGUCCGUGCCUUAGACGUUGAGACGAUCCUCCUGGUGAAGAAGCGCAUAGAACAGAUAGAGAAUGACACCAAGCAGGCUGUAUCCCUGAACAAGCUUCGCGUGGAAGUGAAACGGAUGCAAAGGGCAAAGGGAAAGCUUGACCUAGUCAAGGCGAUCCGGAAGGCUUGCGACCGCAAGGAGGAGGCCAUGGUCGUGGAGUUCGACGUCGAGGACCUCUCCCUGUUCGUUGCCUCCAGCGCGACCUAUGCCAAGACCAAGCUGGCAUCGAAUACGGCGGCAAAGGAGGUGAACUACCGCAACCUUGACCACAAGGACCGGGCAAGAAUGGACGAGGCGAUGGCCAGACAGAUCUCGGAAGUGCUCCGGUCACAAGCCAUCAAGGCGGCAGCGCAAGCGCUCACUGAGGAGCAGGUCCGGGACAGGCUGAUCCCCAUGAGGUGGAUCCUGACGUGGAAGCCGGUACCCGAUGGCACCCCGCCGGGGAAUGACAAGCAUGAGGUCUCUACUGCGGACGGCAAGAAGAAGGCAAAGGCCAGAAUCGUCUUGAUUGGCUACAAGCACCCGGACUUGGCGAGGCGUAACGCCCGAACAGGGCAACCUGAGCUGCUCACCGCCAGCCCGACACUCUCGAGGCUUGGGCGCAACAUGUUGCUACAGGCGGCGGCCCUGGACCAGCGCACCAUUGAGUGUGCCGACGCCAAGUCAGCUUUCUUGCAAGCGGACAAGGGGAUUGGAACAGACCCUCUGUUCACCCGUGGCGUUCCAGAGUUGGCAAUGGCUCUGGGGCUUACGCCGGGAGCCCUGAUGGAAGUCGUCGGGGCAGUCUACGGUUUGACAAAUGCUCCUCGGAUCUUCUGGCUGGAUGUCGACGAGAAGAUGCGAGCCAUUGGGGCCCGCCCACAUGACAUCGACAGGUGUCUGUGGAUUUUCCGCAGCGCCAAGGACGGCCGUAUCAUUGGCCGAGUUGGGACGCAUGUUGAUGAUUUUAUCAUCGCCGGGGACCACAACACUGAGUGGAUGAAGAUCCGGGAGAAGAUCAAGCACAUGUAUGCUACGGGGAGCUUCACUUUCGCAGGACUGGAGAUACGCCAGAUGAAGAACUACGAGGUUCGAGUGACCCAGGAGGCCUACUGCAACUCCCUGGAGUCGAUCGAGAUUGUCAACGACAAGUCCCGCAGCGGGUCAGAUCCGUUGCUGCCCAAGGAAUUUGCACAAUUCCGAGGGCUGACCAUGAAGGCUCAAUGGCGGGCUGUACAGACAGCUUUCCAGUACUGCGCGAAGGUCGGCAUCCAGGCGUCCUCCGGGAACCAGGCGACGAUGCAGCACCUUCGGGACGCCAACGCGUUGCUGAAGGAGCUCCGCAAAACGGCCAAGGAGGAUAUGGUCUUCCACUCCUUUAACCACCGCCGCGAGGACAAGCUGCAGUGGAACCAGCUGGUCGGCCUGCACUUUGGUGACGCCGGGAACAACAAUAGGCCGUGCAGAGGCGCCGUCGGAGGAUACAUCACCGGCUUUGCUGCGCCCGAGAUCUUGGAUGGGCGUGAGACAAAGGAACGCCAAGCCGUCUACGAGGCGGAGGACAAAGACUGGAAAUGCCGAAUCUUUUGGGCCCUGAUGUACGGCAACGAGCUGACGCGAUCGAACGCGAAGGAGCUGGCAGCCAUGAUGGAGUCACUGUUGAUCACGGACUCUCGGGGGCUGUAUGAUGCCACUACCUCAUCGGACUCUCCGAUGUCGGGAAUGAACAACUCCCGCACCGGGAUCGAGGCCACGGCUGUGCAGAAAGGUCUUCGAGAAGAUGGCAGGUGCUACUUGACCUGGGUGCCAUCGGAUAUGAACCUGGCAGACAGCCUGACAAAAGCCACCAGUGAAGCCUACAAGGCAGCUGCCCUGUACCAUGCGAGAAAGGCCUGGAUCGUGCGCUUCAACCAGGAGUUCGUGAGUGCUAGGAAGCAGCAAAGGCUUCGCAAAACGAAGCAGGAACAGGAAGCAGCGUCUCUGGUGAUGUGGCCCAGUGACGAUUUUGAAGCUGAGCUAAAUGGGCUUAGCGCACCAGCUGAUCGGUGA